UUGGCAACAUGGCGGCAAAUUUCAGUGACGAAGAUUUUGCACGACAGCUCCAAGUUCAAUUUGAUGGAGAAUCAGCUUUAGCACUACAGACUGAUCUUAAAAACACUGCGAACAGGACAGCAUCCUUCCAUUUGGUUUCUGACAGUGAUUCAGAUGUUACUCUGGAUCCAGAUCUAGAACAGGAUCGUUUGAAAUUUGACAAAAAAGAGAAAAAAACAUCAAAUUCUGUGUCAUACUCUGAUUCUGAUCGAACACUUUCACCAGACCUUUUUGACUGGGAAAGCCCAUCUAGAAAUAUGUCUAAUAAUUCUAAAGUUAAUCCCAAAAAAUCGUCAGAGCAUUCUACAUUAUCUAGUCAAAAAAACAAAUACAAGGAAAGACAAAGAACAGGAACAAAACUGCAGAGAGGGCAUAGUAAAGCACACGAAAUCUCAGACUCUGAGGAAGAGGCAGAAUAUGUAAGAAAGCAUGAAAAAAAGUCAAAAACACCUGUAUCAACAUCCAGUAACUAUUCUAAAAACAAUAGUGUUUCAGACAAUCUUAAAAUUUCACAGAAAUCGCCUGUUAGAGAGUCUGUAAACACAACUGUGCACAGUAGAAGUAAUCAUAGAAAUGUUGUGAAAACACCUUCUAGUCAGCAAAAGUCUUCAGAGCAGCAACCAAAGGGCAGCUCUGGAAAUAAAAAGCGAAAUUCUGCGGAAAAAGAUGGAGAUUCCUCUACAUUAUUAAAUUUGAAACGAAAGCGUGCAUUAGUUUUAGAUGAAGAGCCAUCUUCAAACAAAAAAGAAAAGCCUAUAUGUCAGUAUGGAUCUAAAUGUUACAGGAAAAACCCAUCUCACAGAGAAGAAUAUCAACAUACAGGUACAGUUGAUGAUAAUAAUGAGCAUAGACCAUCCACAAGUUCAGCUGCACCUCCUCUUCCCAAAAAGACAAAGACACAAGGGUCUCCAAUAGCAAGAGGUCCUAUAACUUCCUCAAGUGUCUAUAACAAUGGACAACCAAUCAGCUUCUUCCUAACAAAAGUACAUGGCAUUGAAAACAAGUACAACAGAUCUUGUACUAUGGAUGUGAAAGACAUCCUCUCACCAGACAUGGGAACGCUGGGAGCAUCAUGUCAGUUUAACUACAUGUUUGAGAUUCCCUGGUUGAUGAAACAAUACCCGCAGCAGUUUAGAUCUAAGCCCCUGCUACUUGUCCAUGGGUUCAAGGGUCCCAACAAGGCCAGUCUGGAGGCUGAAGGGGCUGUCUACUCCAACAUACGCUUCUGUCAGGCUCGUCUGGAUAUGCCAUAUGGGACACAUCACACGAAGAUGAUGUUCCUGCUGUAUGACAAUGGAAUGCGAGUUGUGAUACACACAUCAAAUAUGAUAGAGCGGGACUGGUUCCAGAAAACACAGGGGAUGUGGAUCAGUCCCCUGUUUCCUAAGCUCUCCAAACCUAGUAUUACAAUGGGGGAGUCUCCGACAGGAUUCAAACGCGACCUACUGGAGUACGUCGCUGCUUACCAGGCUUAUCAGCUGAAGGAAUGGAAGGAUCAUAUCUUAUGUCACGACAUGUCGUCUGCUAGGGUUUUCAUAGUUGGUUCCUGUCCAGGCAGACAUGUCGGGGACAAGAAAAGUCAUUUCGGUCACAUGAGGUUACGCCGUCUACUUCGUGAACAUGGUCCAGAGAAGGAGCUCGUUAAGACUUGGCCAGUUCUUGGUCAGUACUCCAGUGUAGGAACAUUGGGACCAGCCAAGGAGACGUGGCUGUGUACAGAGUGGUUCCAGUCUUUGGCCACGGUCAAGGGAACCAGCUCUGUCCCGCUAAUGACCAUUCCACUACAGCUGAUAUUUCCUACGAAAGAUGAUGUUCGAACCAGUUUGGAGGGCUAUCCGGCCGGAGGCUCCAUCCCUUACAGUAUCCACGUGGCUCGGAAACAGCCGUACCUUCAUACCUUCCUCAACCAGUGGAAGUCUGAGGGACGUGGGAGGAGCAGAGCCAUGCCUCACAUUAAGACUUAUGGACGACCUUCACCUUCAGGGAGGGAGCUGGCCUGGUUCCUUGUAACUAGUGCCAACUUAUCCAAGGCAGCAUGGGGAGCAAUGGAGAAGAACGGCAGUCAGCUGAUGAUACGGUCCUAUGAGCUGGGGGUCCUUUUUAUUCCAAAGUUCUUUGAAAUGAAAGGUAUGUUCAGGACAACAUGUGAUGCUGACAGUAUCGGUGGUAGUAGUGCAUUUCCACUUCCUUAUGACCUGCCAGUAACACCCUACAGCAAAGGAGACAAACCUUGGAUCUGGGAUAUUGCCCACAAAGAGCUACCAGAUACCAAUGGAAAUAUGUGGUGCCCUCCAGGUCUUUGAUGAGCCAUGUCUUAGGUCAUCAUGGAUACCAGAUACCAAUGGAAAUAUGUGGUGUCUUGGAUCGUUGACGAGCCAUGUCGUAGGACAUCCUGGAUCCAGGAUAUCCGAUACCAAUGGAAAUAAGGUUCGUGAUGAGCCAUGUCAUCCUGGUUUCCGG